GCCAUGGCAACGGCGCAGUGAUGUCAAUCUACUGCGCCAAAGACGGCAGCAGCUGGUCGGUGACGCCCGACUAUUGCGUUACUCGGAAGCUCGCUGAGGUGGGGGUGAAGAUGGCGGCGGCUUGUGGGGCGCAAGAUGACCCUUGCAGCAGUGCAGAGGGUGAGACCUCAGCUGCACAGAAACGGGAAGAAAGACUGAAGAGAUUCCGUGAUCUCCAUCUUAAGAGGAAUGAAUCUCGGAAACUGAAUCACCAGGCGGUGGCAGAAGAGGACAGGCUGUUGAAACUACCAGCCAACUGGGAGGCCAAAAAAGCACGACUGGAAUGGGAGCUAAAGGUGGAAGAGAAAAAAAAGGAGUGUCUGGAAAAGGGAGAAGAUUAUGAACGAGUUAAGCUAUUAGAAGUUAGUGCUGAUGACGCAGAGAGGUGGGAGCGAAAGAAGAAAAAGAAAAAUGCCGAUCCUGGAUUUUCAGAUUUUGCAGCUGCUCAGUUCCGGCAGUAUCAAAGAUUGGUGAAGCAGAUUAAACCAGAUAUGGAGCAAUAUGAGAAGCAGAGGGAUGAUACUGGAGAGGAGUUCUAUGCAACUGCAAAUAGUCUAUUGCAUGGCACACAUGUUCCUACCAAGGAAGGAGUGGACAGACUAGUGGCAGAUGUCGAUAAACAAAUUGAGAAGCGUGCCAAGUAUAGCAGACGACGCCGUUACAAUGACGAUGCUGAUAUCGACUACAUUAAUGAGAGGAAUGCCAACUUCAACAAGAAGGCAGAACGCUUCUAUGGAAAAUAUACGGCAGAGAUCAAGCAGAAUUUGGAGAGAGGAACAGCUGUUUAACUUGUUUUCCUGACACCUUCAAAUGGACCAUUUUUAUACCUUUGUACUGUGUAAAUCUGGUUUUCAGCUAGUGCUGCAGAAUCAUUUAUGCAAUAAUGGAUCCAUCUCUGACAUAAAUCCUGUGUCACGUCAGUUGGAUGUAAUAUGCUUUUCAAUUGCUAAUAAGGUUUAUAAAUUAGGUGAAUUAAGAUGGCUCCAUGCAGAGUUUUUUUUUGAGAAACAAAUACUAGCCAUUAGUAAUAUCAUGUCAGUUCCUUAGAUGCUAACAUGCAGUCAAGUGUUUAUUUCUCAAAGAUUUAAGAUUCGCUGAGCAGAGUUGACAUUUUUAUCACUAUGAAACUUUUUUUAAUUCAAACAUUCACAAACAUAUACAAAUACAAGAUCUUCUUUGCUUAUUUAUUUUUCAGGUUAGUAAUCUGAUGUAUGGUUUCUGUGAAGAUUUUGAUCAGUUAGUAAAUGAUUAUUAGGACACCACACCCUGCUAAAGCAGAUAAUUUUCUAACAUUCCCUGUAAAUACCUUGUGCAGGUUGUAUAGAUAAAAUAAGCUUCAUAUUAAAAUGUUCCCUGUUUAUAAGCUACUUACACAUCUUGCCAUUAAAAAGUGGUCAAAAUAAACUUCUUAAU